CGACCAGAAAACUCACCAACUCCCCUUGAUCUUGCGCUUCCACUCCUACUAUCUGUUUGACACAGUAUAGCAGACCUAAUUCACCAUGCGCGGAGAGAUUUGCCACCUCCACAUCGGCCAGGCUGGUACGCAGCUCGGAAACAGUGCCUGGGAGCUCUACCUUUUGGAACAUGGUCUGAAGGCAGACGGACGUCCAGACCCCGAUGCUAAGGACCUCGCCGAGGGAGGUACCUAUGAAACCUUCUUCACCGAGACCGGCAGUGGCAAAUACGUGCCUCGUUCCAUCUUCGUCGACUUGGACCCAUCCCCUAUUGACGAGAUCCGAACCGGUACCUACCGUCAACUGUUCCACCCGGAGCUUUUGAUCAGCGGCAAGGAAGAUGCGGCCAACAACUAUGCCCGUGGUCACUACACCAUUGGCAAGGAGAUGGUCGAUAGUGUCAUCGAUCGUAUUCGUCGCGUUGCUGAUAACUGCUCUUCCCUCCAGGGAUUCUUGAUCUUCCACUCCUUUGGUGGAGGAACUGGAUCUGGUUUCGGUGCCCUUCUUCUCGAGCGCCUCUCCACCGACUACGGCAAGAAGUGCAAGCUUGAGUUUGCCGUUUACCCAGCUCCCCGUGUCUCCACCUCCGUGGUCGAACCAUACAACGCUGUUCUUUCUACCCACAGCACCAUCGAGAACUCCGAUUGCACGUUCCUUGUUGACAACGAGGCUGUCUAUGACAUCUGCCGCCGUAGCUUGGACAUUCCUCGACCCAAUUACGAGCACUUGAACCGUUUGAUCGCGCAGGUCGUUAGCUCAAUCACUUCCAGUCUCCGUUUUGACGGCGCCCUCAACGUCGAUCUGAACGAGUUCCAGACCAACUUGGUCCCAUACCCUCGUAUCCACUACCCCUUGAUCAGCUAUGCCCCCGUCAUCUCUGCCAAGAAGAGCUCCCACGAGAGCUUCAAGGUCAGCGACCUUACCUUCCAGUGCUUCGAGCCCAACAACCAGAUGGUUGUCUGCGAUCCACGAAACGGCAAGUACAUGGCUGUUGCUCUGUUGUACCGUGGUGACAUCGUUCCUCGUGACUGCAAUGCGGCUGCUGGAGCUCUCAAGGCCAAGUCUUCUUUCAACCUCGUCGAGUGGUGCCCAACUGGAUUCAAGCUUGGUAUCAACUACACCAAGCCUAUCAGUGUCCCUGGAAGCGAGUUGGCCUCUGUUGACCGCAGUGUUGCCAUGCUUAGCAACACCACUGCCAUCGCCGAGGCAUGGUCUCGUCUUGACCACAAGUUCGAUCUCAUGUACUCUAAGCGUGCCUUCGUCCACUGGUACGUCGGUGAAGGCAUGGAGGAAGGCGAAUUCUCUGAAGCCCGCGAGGAUUUGGCAGCACUUGAGAAAGAUUACGAGGAGGUCGCCAGCGACUCUUUGGAUGAGGAGGUUGAAGAGGGAGAGUACUAAGUGAAUACCCUCAGGGAUCUCUUGAAUCGAGCUUAUGAUUGACCUGGAUAUGUCGAUGGACUGCUAGUAUAUAUGAUUAGCUGGUCGUCUAUGGCCACGCUUGAAGUGAAGGAAUAGUUAUUUGCUUACAUUCUAUGUGUGAUGGACUUGCUCCUUUUGCGGUGUUUGGCAGCGUUCCGCAGUCUGGAUUUCUCGUGUGACGCAUCGUAUAUAGGUC